ACUUUCUAUGAUCGCAAGGGUCAGUAUUGAGUCAAGAUAGCGUAGAAAAUGGUUAGAGGAUUAAGCAUACAGGUAUGACUUCACCAUCGUUGAGCGUUCGAGUAUAGAAAAAAAUUUGGGAGCUUCCAGAGCGAUUGCUAUCGAUAGGCUGAAAAACGGCCGGAGAAAAGUACGGACGACGACAGAGACAACCGGCCGCAACCCCCACCGCCUGCCUUUCCCCCAAACACCCAAACGUAACUACUCCCCGAAGUACCAGCUGGAGGCAGUGACCAUUCAAUUCGACUUUCGUUUACAGCGGUGAAAUAAUCGGUUGGAAGGGUCAAGGCAAAAACUGAAUAUUCUAUUUCUAUUUAUGGUACUUCCAGAAUGCUUCUUCUCGAUUACCAUAACGUUCUCAUCCAUUCCCUCCUGACGGAGCGGUUCUCAGGAGGCCCACCAGUUUCAAUCGACCAGGUUGUUUCAGACUUCGACGGAGUUACCUUCCAUCUCUCUACUCCUGAAUCAAAGACUAAGAUCCUUAUCUCCAUCAAUGUGAAAUGCUUCCGAGAGCUGGUUCAGUAUGGUGCCCAAGAGGUGCUGGAGAGGGAAUACGGCCCAUACAUUGUCUCCCCUGAGCCCGGCUAUGACUUUUCAGUCCUUAUCGAUUUGGAGAACCUCCCCGCGGAACAGGAAGCCAGAGAUGAUCUUAUAAUGCGACUUGCAUUGAUGAAACGGAACGCAAUGGCCGCCCCGUUCGAGAGAGCUUUCGAUGAGUUCGCCAAGCUAUCCGAAGAAGCUUCAAGAUAUAGUACAGAGGCAGCCCCACAAGGUGUGAAGGAAGGAGGAGAAGUCAUGGCCAUCCAUUACCGGGAGGAGGAAGCUAUCUAUAUCAAAGCUAGUCAUGACCGGGUCACAGUGAUCUUCAGCACAGUCUUCCGUGAAGAGACGGAUCGUAUCUUUGGCAAGGUCUUCCUGCAGGAGUUUAUCGAUGCUAGACGACGGGUCUUGACCCUGCAAAAUGCCCCUCAAGUCCUUUUCCGCAAUGACCCACCGCUUGAAUUGGCCGGCGUCCCUGGCCUCAAGGUUAACGACGAUGGCAAGACCAGCUACGUCACUUUCGUUCUCUUUCCCCGUCACUUGGCUCCUCAGCGCCGUUACGAAAACAUUUCUCAUAUUCAGAUCUUCCGGGACUACUUCCAUUACCACAUUAAGGCCUCCAAGGCAUACAUCCACACUCGAAUGCGCAAGAGGACCGCCGACUUCCUCCAGGUUCUCAACAGAGCUCGGCCAGAGAACGAGGAGCGGGAAAGGAAGACAGCCAGUGGUCGGACAUUCCGGGUCCAGAGUUAGGUGUAAUGUAUAUUUUGUUUCCUGGCAGCGGAGCUGGAGGGGCAUCAACAAGCCACAAUGUGAUUUAUUCAGAGUGUAUAGACUG